UCUGACAGCUGUCUUGAUUGAGCAGCCGAGUGGAGUUCUGCUUGCUUUUGGUUUUCGGACUCUUUAGUUUGUUGUCGCGGAGUUGUGACGCUAAAAAUAAAUGUGUAGUAAUGGAAUUUUCGGUAUUACAAGGAAAUGUGUGUAGAAAUAAAAAACAUUUCAAAGUAAAUGCAGAUAAUACACCAAGAAACGGGAGUGGCUAUCUUUUUUUUAAAUCGUGUAAAGUGUUCUCAUCUGGGUACAUACAUAUGUUUGUAAAUACAUGUGUCCAUACAUACGCCUCCAUCUAAAAAAAAAUGUUAGAAAAUAUUUACACUAGCGUUUGUAAAUUAAAAUCCGUAUAGAUACUUCGUGUAUAUAUACAUUUUGGCACACUCUAUGUACAUACAUAUGUACAUAUAUGUGGAAAGGGAAAAAAUUAAAUCUUUUGUGUUUGAAGUGAUUUUUGCAUCUCAAAGUGAAUUUGGUAGAACAAUCGCUAUCCGCACCUUACGUUAACUUACAUCAAUUACUUAGCUCUAGAGUGGAGCGUAGUUUUUAGAAAGUCAAUGUCCAAAUCAAAGGAUUCAACUACAGUUUCGUUACUCACCGGAGCUUCCUUGGAUAGCGCCAGCAGGACACGCGCUCAACAACGAUUCAGCCUAACAACAAAGCGGCGAAAAAUGUCACGCCGUGCCAAUCUUAUAGGUAUUUGUGGCGUUAGCAGUCUCUGCAUAUUGCUGCUGAUAGCGACAACCCAACAUCGACCUGCCUCUAUGACCAUAUCUAACGGCAUGGCCGUUGGCGUUGGUGACAUAUCAGGCGUACAAACAGGUUAUGUCGAUCGGCAUCAUGUGGGCACUGCGAGCGUGGCAUAUAAUAUGACUGCUACAAUAGCGGAUGUCCUGGCGGCGCAACGCACGAAGAUUCUUACUGAAAUGGAAAACUUCGAGUAUCCACAGGGACGUUUCGGUGUGGAUGCAGAAAAGUUAUCCGACAUGACACCUGAGACAAAUGGUACGCCAGUACGUAGCGUCAUCAUAACAACUUGGCGUUCGGGCUCUACAUUCUUGGGCGACAUAUUAAAUGCCAUGCCAGGGAACUAUUACCAUUACGAGCCGUUACUAUCGUUUGGAAUUAAUCAAGUGCGCGAUACGUCAGAAGGAAUCGAAGCGUUGCGUAUGUUACGACAGUUGCUCUACUGCAAUUAUACAGAUAUGCAGGAAUAUCUUGAUUACGGCAAACAGCAUUCGUAUCUAUUUGAGCAUAAUGAACGUUUGUGGAGUGUGUGCAAAGAGUUUCCACACUUUUGUUGGCAACCGAAAUUUCUUACACCCAUGUGUAAACUCUUCCCGAUGCAGAGCAUGAAGGUUGUACGACUACGAUUGUCACUGGCGAAAGCAUUACUUGAUGACAAUAGCUUGAAUGUAAGAAUGAUUUUGUUGGUACGCGAUCCACGUGGCACAAUGCAGUCGCGUAAGCAUCGCGAUUGGUGUGCUGGCAACAUAGAUUGUGAAAAUCCACAUUACGUGUGUCAAGAUUUAGUGGCCGAUUAUCAUGCUGCUGUGGAACUGCUAAAGGAGCAUUCAUCACGUUUCAGAACUUUGCGCUAUGAAGAUCUCUCUCUGAAUACGUACGAUAUGACCCAAGAGGUGCUACAAUUCUACGGACUCCCAUUCGAUCCUCUCGUUGAAGAAUUUCUCGAUACGCAUACAAAAGUAAAUAUUGGUGGAGUUAGCUCGACGUAUCGGGACUCCAAAUCUGCACCAUUUCAUUGGAAACAAGACCUGCGAGUGGACGAGAUCCAAUACAUACAAAAUAAUUGUGAAGAAGCAAUGCAUUUAUGGGGUUAUCGUAAGAUUGAAAAUUUUACAAAUUUCCAACAAGCAACUUUCGAUCCAAUUGUAUUACCGCCACCGUUUUCGUGAAGUGCUCUCAAUAAUGUUGUAGAUUUAAAUUGUUUUACAUUUUCUCAAGCUUAAAUGCUUUGUUUCCUAAUCCUAAUUUUUAUUUUACUCGCUUAUAUUAUGUUUUCAUACCAAUUUGUUGUGAUAUAUCGAAGAAGUUAAACAUACAUACAUACAUAUUAUAAUUGUAUGUAAAAAAAUGCUACUAAGCGGACGUUCACAAAUUAAUUUAUGAGUAUGUCAGCGAAAGUAAGGAUGUAUUGUAUUUGUAAUUAUUAAUGAGUA